AUGGCCGUCUCAGGGCCAGAGGGAGAGGCAGCAGCAGCAGCAGCAGCAGCAGCCGCUGCUGCUGCUGCUGCUGCUGCUCGCGGCCCUCCGCUGUCCGAAGCAGCAGCAGCAGCAGCAGCCGCAGCCAAUCCGCUGCAGUUUGUGCUGCAGGCGAGCAGGAGCGCCUCGCUGGAGAGUUUGGGGGCGGAGUUGGAGAAAGGUGCUGCUGCGCUGCAGGAGCAGCUGCUGUGCAUUUUGUACAGCAGCAAAAGUGCUGUUGCUGCUCUUCAAGAAACAGUGGAAGCAGCAACUGGGGCUUUUGCUGCGCUUUGCUGCCAGCAGCAGCAAGCAGCAGCAGCAGCAGAGCUGCAGCAGCAGCACGCUGCACUCAGCAGCGCCAAAACACUCGCGCUGCUGCUGCUGCAGCAGAAGCAGCAGGCCCUCAAGCGGCAGCAGCUAACUCAGCUGGCCCUCAGGGCUUAUAAAGUGCUGCAGCUGAUUCGCCGCAGCCUCAAGGAGUCUUUGAGCAGCAGCAGCAGCAGCAGCAGCAGCAGCAGCAGCAGCAGCAGCAGCAGCAGCAGCAGCGGCAGCGGCAGCAGCAACGGGGUGCAGCUGGAGGAUGGGGUGCAGGCAGCAGAUGCGGCUUCGGCAUGUGUGCAGCAGCAACCCGCAGCAGCAGCACCAACUGCUGCUGCUGCUGCUGCUGCUGCUGCUGUUGAGGCGCUGACGCAGGAACUACAGGAGCUGCUGCUUCCGCGUGAGCUUCUAGAAAGUAGCAGCAGCAGCAGCAGCAGCAGCAGCAGCAGCAGCAAGAUGGAGGACAGUGCGUGGGCAGCUGCAGCGAUGGCAGCAGCAGCAGCAGCAGCUAAGCUGGACAACGCAGGCGCGCUGCAGCAGCUGCAGCAGCUAAUGCAGCAAGCCAAAGCCGUCUGCUGCGGGGUUGUUGGAGAGCAGCAGCAGCAGCAGCAGCGGCAGCAGCAGCAGCAGCAGCUGCUUCGCGCGUCGCUGUCUGCUGCUGAAACCUCAAAGUGCCUGCUGCUGCAGACUACUUAUGAGAAGCUGCAGCAGCUGCAGCAAACCUUAGCAGCAGCAGACAAGUUCUACGGGAUCAGCAGCAGCCAGCAGCAGCAGCACGGGGUUGCUGCUGCGACAGCAGCAGCAGAAGUAGUCCAGCCAGCACUUGAAGCAGCAGCAGCAGCAACAGCAACAAACGCAGAACUGCCACAGGCAGUCGCUGCUGCAGCUGCUGCUGCUGCAGCUCCUGCUGCAGUAGCAGCAGCAGAUGCUGCUGCAAUUCUGCAGCCGACACUGCUGCAGGAGGAGACAGCGCUGCGGUCCCUCCUGCUGACAGCAGCAAGCAGCAGCAGCAGCAGCAGCAGCAGCAGCAGCAGCAGCAGCAGCUGGAGCAGCGAGAGCCGCACAGAAUGGCAGCUGGAGAGAGAAGGAGCAGCAGCAGCAGUGCAGCAGCUGCUGCUGCAGCUGCACGGCGCUGCUGCUGCCCUUAAGGACACUGUGACAAAGCGGCUGCUGCUGGAGAUGAGGGAUUUGCUGCUGCAGCUAAGAAGCAGCGCAGCAGCAGCAGCAGCACAAGAGCCAGCAGCAGCAGCAGCACGGCAGCAGCAGGAGCAGCAAGACCUGCAAGCAGCAGCAGAAACGGAGUGGCUUGUUGCUUUUGAGAGAGUUGCUGCGCCGCUGCUGUCAACCAAAAAAGGGGCAGAAGCAGGUGAGCGCUGCUGCUGCUGCUGCUGCUGCUGCUGCUGUUGGUGCUGCUGCUGCUGCUGCUGCUGCGGAUGGCGCUGUUGCUGCUGCUGA